GGGAAUUUGCAUUUGUCUCUUUUUAAAACAUCAACACCUCCGAUAAGAUUGCAAGCUUGGUUGGCCGGAAUCAUGUCUUCAUCAUCGUACAACUCCAAAGUCAACGAGUCCAAGUCCAGGUUCAAUUCUCCCGGCGAUGCCAGACCGGGGGGUGCAACCCCUUAUAUUAAUAAUAAUGCCAAACCGAAUAAGAAUCCUGGUUUAAAGAGUAAUGUUCAAGAUCCUGGGGCUGGUGGUGUUAAUAUACCAGGCGGGUAUCCCAAUUUCUAUAUGGGACAUCGGGACUCUUCCAAUUUACCGUUUGGUAAUGUUGGGGUGAAUACCAAUGACCAAUUAGCAAGACCGAGAGGUGACUCGAUUUUCUUACCUCCUCCAAUCAAUCUGGCUAAUUUGAAGUUUGGCAACGAUUAUGAUGCUAAUUCGGUGGCUCAGGGUAACUCCCAGGGUAAUAACCACUCUUUAUCCGCUGGUGUUUCAAGGUCAAAUAGUAUAUUCAGCUCAUUGAUUCAAAUUCCGGGUUCAAAUGGUAAUUCAGUAAGCGGGCCUUCUUCUAAACAGCAACUGCAGCAGCAGCAGCAGCAGCAACAACACCAACAACAACCACAACCAUCGAAUUCUGCUGGCGGAAUUAACCAACCCGGUCAAAAAUCAAGACAAGUCUCUUUCUACCCUGGAACUAACCCUCCCAACGAUUACCCUUUGUCAUCCCUGGACUUAGAAUCUUAUUUCGGUAAAGAAAGCUUGAGUAAUAUUUUAAAUUGGAACCAACAACGUCAACAGCUGAUGCUGUUCCCUCAACAACAGCAGCAGCAGCAGCAGCAGCAACCAAAACAGAGAAAUCUGAUUGAUCAAUCCAACUCAUUUUGGGAAGGCCUUAAUAUGGGAUUAUCUGGUUCCGUGUCUGGUCUUCCUAUCACUAACGAUAGUCUUAAUGGGAUAUUAGCUAGUUUGUCAAAUGGAAGUAUUGACUUUAGCGGUAUGAGUAAUGAACAAAGAAGAGACUCCAUCUUAAAAUUAAUUAAUGAUCAACAACAAUUUCAACAAAGAACUCCAACUAAUACCCAGCCUGCUAAAACUAGAUUAAGGGAAGAUAUCUUUGAUAAAUCAAAAACUAAUCAAUCAACUGUCCCUGGUAUAAAUAAUCAACAGUAUCGUAAUCCAAACGAUCCUAAUAAACCAAAUUUACAAGUUCCAAAUAAUGAUAAAAACUCUCAUAUUUCUCCAGCUUCUUCAUUAUCUUCAAAAUCUUCAGCUAAGUUCGAUGAACCCCAAUCUCCAAAAACUUCUCCGAGCAUCUUUAAUGCUAGAGUCUUACAAACACGAGCCCCUCCUCUACAAUCAAAUCCUCAAGCUUCAGGUCAAAGCUUUUUCGCCCAAAAGCCUCAGCAGCAACCUCAGCAGCAACAACCUCAACCUCAACAACAAUUACCGCAGCAGCCUUAUCAAAAUUAUCCUGGAAAUCCUUAUAAUUAUAAUUACCCUAAUCAACCACAAUUCUCCCAACAAGUGCCUCCUCAAUACUCUUCUCCUUUCCCACAACAGCAACAGCAACAUCCUCAACAACUACCCCAACAUCCUCAACAUCCUCCUCAACAUCCCCAGCAGAUUAAUCCUGCUCAAGCUCAAAUUAAUCCUGCUCAAGCUCAAAUUAAUCCUGCUCAAGCUCAAAUUCAACCUAAUCUUUUGAAACCGGGACAACAAAAUUAUUAUCAACCUCAAGAUCGUCAAAACUAUUCAUACCAACCAAUUCAAUCUCACAACCAAGCCAUUGCCCCUCAAGAUUCUCAACAAUCUCCUAGCAUCUCCACUCAACAAUUAAAAGCUGAUCCAGUUUCUCAACAACAAUCUCCCAAUUAUAAGCCUAACGCUCGUCAAGCUCGGGCUACUACAGGAGCACCUCCAGCUAAAAGAAGUCGUAAUGCUAAAAAAGGAUCGAAAAAUAAUUCUAGUGAUUCAACUCCAAUUAUUUCGGGUCCACUGUCAACUGCUUUUGAAAAAAAUUUGGUACCAGCUCAACAAUAUGCUAAAUCAGAAGAUGGUAGACCUUUAUUAGGAGCUACUAAAGUUGAUCAAUUGAUGUUGGUUAUUCAAGCAAGAGAAAAGGGUAAUACCAAUACAAUUCAACAAGGAGUUGAUGGUAGUAUAUUGGGAUCUCCCGAUAAUAAAAACAGUGUGUUACCUCAAUCAGUUAAUUUGGUUGGGGGUGUUGAUAAACCAGAAAAAGGUUCCCCAGGUUCUGAUGAUAAGAAAAAGGGUAGAAGACAUAAAACGCAACAAUGUCCUUAUUGUUUUAAGUUUUUCAAUCAAUCAACCCAUUUAGAAGUUCAUGUUAGGUCUCAUAUUGGUCACAAACCUUUCGAAUGUUCUUAUUGUCAUAAACGUUUCACUCAAGGUGGGAAUUUAAGGACUCAUUUAAGGCUUCACACUGGUGAAAAACCAUUUACUUGUGAUAUUUGUAAAAGAUCUUUCAGUCGUAAAGGUAAUUUGGCAGCUCAUCAAUUAACUCAUAAUAAUGAAAAACCUUUUGAGUGUAAACUAGAUGACUGUGAUAAAUCCUUCACUCAAUUGGGUAAUUUAAAAGCUCAUCAGAAUAGAUUUCAUCUUCCUACUUUGAAUAGACUAACCCAUACUUUGGCUGAGAUGAGUGGUGAAAAUAUUGCGAACUUACCUUUAAAAGAACGUGAGCUACUUGAUCAUUUCAAGGAAUUAUACAAGAACUCAAAUAAAGGUAUACGAGGUAGAGGUAAACGUCAAUCCAAUGCUGGUCAUGAUGGUAAACCCGAUAUGGCUGAGCUUUCAAUGAGUCCUCCUCCAGGUGGUCGUGCUCAACCUUCCCAACAACCCCCACAACAACAACAAAUGAGUUUUAUGAACCCUUCUGCUUCUAAUUAUUAAUUGUAACUUUUAUGUAUUAUAUACUUUU